AUAACCCCCACACCCUCGCCCUCCUCCACCCGCGUCGUCUCCUCCCUCCCCAAGUCUCCUCCUCCUCCUCCGACUCCGAUCCACCCCCGGGAUCCCGCCCAUGGAGUGCAACCCCGUCUCCUCCACCACCUCCUCCUCCCUGCUCUGGGACUGGGACGCCACCGCCUCCGCCGAGCCGCCGCCGCCGCCCGGGAAGCGCGGCGGGAGGGAUUCGUCGUCGGCGUCGGCGUCGGCGAAGCGUGGGAGGUCGGCGGCAGCAGCGGGGGAUGCGGCGGCGGUGGCGGCGGAGGCGCCGCGGUGCCAGGUGGAGGGCUGCGGGCUGGAGCUGGGAGGCUACAAGGAGUACUACCGCAAGCACCGCGUCUGCGAGCCCCACACCAAGUGCCUCCGCGUCGUCGUCGCCGGCCAGGACCGCCGCUUCUGCCAGCAGUGCAGCAGGUUCCACGCGCCUUCGGAGUUUGAUCAGGAGAAACGGAGCUGCCGGAGACGACUUUCUGAUCAUAAUGCCCGUCGACGGAAACCACAGACAGAUGUGUUUGCUUUUGGCUCUGGAACACUACCGCGAUCACUGUUUGAUGAUAGGCAGCAAAUAAGUUUCGCAUGGGAUAAUAACGCUCCACUUAACCAUGCAAACACCACUUCAAGUUCCUCGUGGACAUCUGACUUACAGCUCUCCCAAGUGAUGGACAUAAGCAAAAGGUCACGAAAAGCUGGGGCAGACAGUGCAAAUAUCCGUUUGUCAAAUGCUUUGCCAACUCUUUGUCAUGACACAAAUGAGCUCUUGCCAAUAAAAGGUGCAGAUGCAUCUGAAACUGCUUCAAAACUAGAUGGAGCACUAGAUGUUCAGCGUGCUCUCUCUCUUCUGUCAGCUAGUUCAAGGGGUUUGACUGACCCCGGACACCAAACAUCUUCUAUCAUCCAAUUUACGAAUUCGAACCAAAACAGCACAUUGCCCAGUGUACCAAGCGAAGGAAACUCUAAUGUACCCUUUUGGGUUGAUGGACAACAUCAAGCAGUAGAGCCUCAGGUGUUUCAGUUCACAAUGGACACCGGUAACACUGUGUUUCCGGAUCUAGAGCGGAUCAAACCUUCCUACGAGUCUUCAAUGUUUGGUCUGAACCAGAUACAUUGAAGCCUGCAAUGAUCACCAGCACGGUCGCUGCUAGUAUGGAUGAAUAAGCACACGUCCUGGACUAUCCAAGAUCGUCCAAGACUUGCCCCAAUCUGCCGAGUGUCAAUGCUAUAUCCGUGUGUUUAUUUACCUUCCCAUAAUUCAGAUAAACCUUGUGAACGCCAACAUCUAAGUAUCAAGCGUUCACAAAGUGUGCUAGUUUCAACCUUAUUUCUGUCAAAAUGUAAUUGCUGUUGUGCAAUUCUUUGUUCUUCGUGUUGUACAAAUUAUUCAUUGUUCUUGGCGUUGUACAAUCUACUGCCUAACCAUUUGUCAGAAUAUUAGCUCUUUCGGGAAACAAGACAUGAUUUUUCCCUGUGCAUACUGUUUUUCAGUGUCUAAUAGUAUAAUUUGAAAUCUUAACAUGUUUAAAGUAAUUUUAUCCCUCUUUAAAAAAGGGAGAGAGAUUUUACCCCGAUAUGCCGUUGCGCUUGACUUCUGGUCGCCUGGACAGCAUAUGGUUUCUUUCUGACUGGUGCGGUGUACUAUGUGCAUCUUACCAGCUUUUUACACGGUGGUUAACGUUAUAUUUUUUUUAUCAUUAAUUUCUGUCAUAAUGCAUUAUCAAUUACUACAAAAUUAACAUCAUAUAUAAAUAUUUUAAAAUACGAAUAAUGAUACUACACACAUGCCACCAAAAACAUUUUUAAUUCAUAUUAGUUAAAAAAAAUAUUAAUGUAGAUUUUAUGGAAAAUAAAGGUUUCUUAUUUUUAGCACAAAAUCUUGUCCCAAAUGAAUCAAAAUAAAGCUAUUUCUUCACCCAUCAUCUUCUCUCAACCAAUCAUAAUAAUUCUUCAUCUACAUUCUUUUUGUGAAUCAAUCAUAAUAUUCCUCCAAUAUUUUCACCUACUUUUUUAAUAUCUGUUCCUACAAAAAAAAAUGCCAACAUUUUGGAACAGAGAAAGUAUUUUAGAACGGAGUACUCCAAUAAGUGGAAGUUCAACAGACUAUAGGUGUUUAGAAUUUGGUGACACAAAACCACUUGGAAAAUCUGCAUAAUUUACCUGGAUAAUCAAAAACCGGAGUGGAACCGGCAGAUACAUUUUAGAUUUGACUUCGACAUAGAUGAUAGGCAUAGAUAAGUAUCAUGGAUCCAUAUGGAAAACAACACAAGGAGAAUAAUAUGAAAUGGAUUUGGAGGCGCAAAGAAUGGCAGCAUAUACAACCGACUCAAAUCAACAAGACCAGGAGAUGAUGACCACAAGUAGGUCGACGCUUCAGACAAAGAACACACAACAGCUGCUGAUCAACCAGCAAAUACAGCUGCUAUUAUUUCACAAGAUAGCUCAUUUCGGAGAAUUACAUAACACGGCUCUUUGCUAAGAUAUACAAUCAUACAAGGUACCAUCCAUAUUUGAUAAAGUAGAAAUCAGCAAUUUUAAACCUUGAAGGCCAGGGAUGAGACUUCCAUAUCGGCACGCAAACGCGACCGAUAUCAUGGUGUCCUCUCUCUUUUCUUUUUUCUUUUCUGUACUCUAUCCUGCAUUAGUUUCAGUCUGUGGUCAUUGGCCCCGCAAUACAACAGCGGAAACGUGCCCUGCGGACAUUUCUCAUAACCUCUAUCUCGGCAUUCUCAAGCAUGACAACGAUCUCGGCAAAUGAUGGGCGAACUUCAGGGUUUGCGUCCCAA